AUGGCAAUCGGCGGAACCUCCCGGCCCACGCCCGCCAAUCGCAGCGCGAGCAACCGCCGCCGCAACACAGCAGCAGCAGCCACAGCCAACCCCUCUCUUCCAGCAGCGAGCAGCACCCCCCUACAGCGACGGAGCGACGAACACACCACGCCUCACUACAAGCAUUACACAGGAACGCCACCCACCACGAGCCGCAUGCGCAACAGCAGCAUCCGCCGCAGCAGCCACAAAAUACACAACAGCAGCAGCAGCAGCAACAGCAGCAGCACUCUCCGGCACCAGCAAAACCGCGUCGGCAAACGCUACCGCGACAAACUCACCGCGGGGUUUGAGAGCCUGCAGAUGACGCUGGGGUUGUCUGAGGAUGGUGACGAUGCGCUGGAUGCCAUGCGGGUUGAGAGUGGAGGCCGAGGAGGAGGAGGGGGCGGGUUGACUGGGACGGGGACGGGACUGGGACUGGACGGGCACUGGGAUGGGGAUGGGGAUGGGGGGGCUCAGUUUCUGUUGGUGCCAGCGCGGAGACGGCGUCGGCCGUGA